AUGACCCCCGACAUCGAAAAACACGCGCGCAAAGAAGCCAACGCCAACAUCUACAACUUCUCCGACCUACGCCCCUCCGGCAAAACAACCCGCGACAAUCGCGGGCGUCGCACAAUCCUCCUCUUAAACUCCCGCACCGGCGACGAGGUGACGAAUAGCGAGAACAUCGACCAUCACUUUGAUCACCACGGGGAUGAAGGAAUUACGAAUAGGUUUCAGCAUGACUUUGAUUCGUUGGGGGCGUGGUAUUAUUUUGACGAGUAUCCGGAGCGGGCGAGGGUGGCGUUGCAGGCGCUGUGGUUUCCGGUUUUGGUGGGGAGGUGUGUGUGGAUUUAUACGAGGGUGAGGUGGGAGCUUUGGUGGAGGGGGAGGGGGAGGGGGAGUGGGGGUGGUGGUGGUGGUGGUGGUGGCGGCGGUGGGGAGGUGUGA